GACCUGGGCACCAACUGGAACGUUCAUUCGUCCUUUUUUUAAGUACUGUGCCUUCUACCAGCAGUCAAAUGAAGGUGUGUAUCAGCUCAGAAACUCCAACGAGCCACCCGGGGUAUGCCGGAUAGAAAGAAUAGAUCAUUCCCUAUUACCUCUUCAUGCAUCUUUCCCAUUGACCGCCAUCAUGACUUCGGUGCACUCUGAAAUAAGCCCGAAGUUUGACAUGAACAAAGGUCCAGAUUCGUUCGAAGAUGUCCCAACGUUCCCUGCGCCAUUUACUCCUGCCACCUCGUACAAAUACAACGUACCUCAUCUCGGUGACUAUUGGAAGGAAUGUCUGAAGAAAGUAGAUCAUUCGGAUGUGGAAAGCUGCAACGGUUGGCGGGAAGAUAUCGACACACUCCUAGUUUUUGCUGGUCUCUUCUCUGCGGUUGUGACCGCGUUUACCGUAGAAUCAUACCAAUGGUUGGAUACGAACCCUCAGGACACCACGGCCCUCAUCCUACUUCACAUCGUUCAGAACUCAAAUUUCACCACACCCUUACCCUCAACUAUUGAAACCCAAUUCUCAGCACCGCCAUCGGCUGUACGAAUCAACGUCUGUUGGUUUCUUAGCCUCACAAUGAGCCUCACGGCGGUCAUUAUCGGGAUUUUGUGCAAGCAAUGGAUUAGGGAACAUAGAAGAAAUCCCCCAAAGUAUACCUCACACAAGGACACCCUUCUGCUUCGACAGAUGCGUCAUGAGAGCUUCCAACGGUGGGGUGUAUCAGGCAUGGCUCAUUGUCUGCCUCUUCUGCUCGAAGUCGCUUUGGUUUUGUUCUUCCUAGGUGUUCUAGAUCUCUUAUGGAGUCUGAACACCGUUGUAGCGAGCAUUAUCACUGUUCAAGUUGGCCUAGCAAUCCUAGUUAUUACAGCCACGACGGUGUUGCCGACACUAUCUCUUGUGUGGACCCUGAGUGUACCUUGCGCCUACAAGUCACCUCAAGCGUGGUUGUUCUAUAGGUUCUGCGAUUCAGUACUCCCAAGAACGUCGCUCUAUCUCCCAUUCUGGGAUACAAGAUUCAACAUUUUAUAUCGUGGCCUAACCGACUGGUUCGAUAGCGACACCUCUCAUCCUUCCUUUUUAACGCGCGAUAUCGAUUACUCUCUGGUCCAGUCGACGAUGGAUCGGAUGAAUGAAGCGUUCGGUGCUUCUCGAGAGGUAUCGCUUCAUAUCUUUCAUUGCCUAGCGGACUACAGCCAUUUCCAGGGUUCCUAUCUUCCACGAACCUUGAGAAAGUUGUCGGACGUUAAACGGUACCAGAUAUUGACGAGGUAUCACGAGUGGUAUUGGUGGGAUGAUCAUACGAGAAGGCAUAUGGUCGAAUUGUUGUUGAGGGCGGUAAAUGAUCCUACGACUAGCGGAGAAGAUAUUACGAUCGCUUUGGAUAGGUUGGGGCGGAUUGCUGUCGCGUUAACGACGGCAUCGGAGGAUAAAAACAUACCUUUAGAUCAGCACCCUCAUACUGCUGACGCAGACCCCAAGCGGUUUAGGAAUCUCGGGGAAGACUUGCUUCUACGCGUCUUCUCGACACUUAAUGAGUUCAGUUUGUCGGAUAGAGCCAAUACGACGCAGUUUUUGGCAUGUUACUCGAUCCUUAACCGUUAUUGGCUUCGGAUAACAGAAGAGUGGCCGGACAGACUUGGGCACCCAGGAUGGCACCAGCCGACGUCUUUUCUGCGGUUGUUGCACGAUUUCGUAUCCCAAGCCCCCGAAAAAUAUAGGAUAUCGCGUAUAACGAAAUGUGUGGUGUUGCUGGACUCUAUAGUCAUGCAACCACAUACGUCGUUUGCAGUUGGGGGGAGCGUGAUGGAAGAGUUUGUGAAAAUGCUUGAUAAACGAAUUUUUAAUUGGGGCAUUGGGCCUAGUCUGGUUCAUAUACAGAGCGGGAUGGGGGAAAAGAGCGGGGUGAUGCCUUGGAGGGACUUGUACAAUAAUGUUUUACGGGACAAGAAGGGUACUAAGAUGUAG